AUGGAAGGCGAGAAAAGUGUUCGCGGCGGUCGAAGCCAAUCACUGCGAAUUCAUGUCUCGUCGGUGACAAAGGAGAUUCUAAGCAAGGACACGGGUUUCCGAUUGGAGCUGCGAGGUGAAGUUGAAAUGAAGGGUAAAGGACGGUUAACGACGUAUUGGUUGAAAGGCUAUCGAGACGUGAAUAUUCCCGACUUUGGUCCGGAGUAUCAAUAA